UGUACGGUAUGCUGUGAAUCCCUACACCCGCUGGAAUUUCCAGCCAUGCCUCCCUCGAGCGAUUGCGCGCAUGCUGCAAAUGUCUGCUUUUCCUGUCUACAAAAGUGGGUCGCGACAAAGGUAGAUACAAACGCACAAGCAGUGAUCGAUUGUCCACGGUGUACCACCCUUCUAAGCCAUGAAGAUGUCCGCCGCGCCUGCAACUUUGAGACCUUUGCUAAGUAUGAUCGAUUUGCCGCACUAACUGUUGUCAAUGGCUUGCAGAACUUCCACUGGUGUUUACGGCCUGGCUGCACUGCGGGUCAGGAACACAUUGGCGGUCAUCUAGGUUAUAUGCAAUGCUACGCAUGCGACUUCGAGCAGUGUCUGAAGCACAAGACGGAAUGGCACCGAGGUCAAAGCUGCCGGCAAUAUGAUGCACAGAUCCCUGGAAAGUGCCCAAAGCGUGGAUGCAAAGCCUCGCUUGAGCGUGAGCCAGUCUGGAAGAAAUGUCCAGCUUGCCAGACCUUGAUUGAGAAGACUUAUGGAUGCGAUCAGAUGAAGUGCACAAUGACGAGGUGUAAACAGAAAUUCUGCUGGCAGUGCCUGGCAACAUGGGAAGACAUGCUGAGGUAU